AUGGCAGCGCUCCUGGACGUCGACAAGCUCGUGCGCUUCAGCAGCAGCUCGCUAGGCGCUGACAAGCUGUACAAGACACUGGGCUAUGGAAUAGAUGCAGCGGCGUAUGCGUUGGCACCUGCGACGCAGCGCGAGGCGUCUCAGGGUAUGCACGCGCUGGCCUCGAGUAUCUCGAUGGCGCGCUAUGUGAUGCGCUUUACUGGCGGACUGGAGGCGUACACGGCGCUGAAGAAGGGCUCGUGGUGUUGCGAAGACGACGACGAGCACGUGCAGCGCCUCGUGCGGCUGCAGGCAUUGUCGAUGGUCGUGUAUCACCCGCUCGAGCACGUGUCGUAUGUGGGAUUCGUAGCGCCGAAACUGGUGCAUGUCGAUGCAAUGUACAUCUCGCGACUCUCGUGUCGAGCGUGGGGCGUUUACAUUCUGCUGGAUAUGUACGCGAACGCCCUUCGUCUUCGAGCUCUGUCGGCCAAGAAGAAGCAGAUUUUAGCCAUGAAAGAGCUUUCCGAGAAUGAGCGCUCCACGUUACUUGCGCGUAUCCAAGAUCGGUGCCGCGAACUGUAUUACGUACAACUGCGCAACGUUUUGUAUGCUGGACCGUGCAUGCAGUGGUCUUUCGAGAAGAAGCUUUUCUCAGACCGCUUCGUGAGUUUUCUCUGCGCAGCAGAAGCGGCUGUCGGUCUCUGGCGCGCGUGGGUAAACGCCCAAUAA